GGCUCCUGAAACACCGUUGCGCAGCGUUGAGCCAUGGUGUCGUUUGGUUUGUUGGUUGGUGCUGCCUUGGCUGGAGUCUACAACUGGGCCUCCGGGGUAUAUUCCUACAAUCGUGAUGCUUGGAUGACGGAUAUCCAGGUUGAGCAAGCGCAUGUCUAUCAGGAGGACAACUUGCAAAUUCAGCUAAAGGCCAUGCAAAGAGAGGAAGUUCGUGAUUUGGUCAACUCUGACCUCAAUCGAAUCAACAACUCACUUUUGGUUGCCACUCUGAUCCUCUCACUUGCAGGAGAAAUGCUGUUUGAGGGGCAGAUCCCAAUGGAUUGCCCUGCCUUUGUCCUCAAUGCUUACAUGCUUUGUUUAGGCAGCGCUGUGUUCCACUUGUCUUUUUCCAUCCUUUUCGGCAUUUGCGCGAGCAGCAAAGCAUAUCGUCGGGCUUCAAGGUUACUGACCCGCUUCAUUCGGCCACAAUGGAAAGAGCACUUCCAAAAGAUGAGUCGUCGCAAAGCGACGGAAAACACAGCCACCUUUGAGUCCAAACCUUUGAGUCGCAUGAUGAUGCCUCCCUUGGCAUCGAGGAUGUUUGGAGGCCGUGUGCGGGAGGAAUGGCAAGCUGAUCCAAGGAAUCCAGGGAAUCCUGGUGAUCCAGAGCAUCGGCAUCCGGGGCAUCGGCAUCCGGUGCCGGGGAAAGGAUCUCCAAGUUUCACAGCCACCUGGUCCAACCGCACCGAGUCCGAGGGAUUUUUCAGUCCGCAGAGAUGUCCUCGGCGCUGGGGUCCAUCGAGAUCACUGGGAAGCUAUGCUGCAGAGGAAUAUGACAGAGCUGACUCGGAUCUUGAGAAAAUGCACGAUGCCAAGCCAGGUGAUUGGCAUUGGCAUGUGGCUCUUUGGAAAGACACUUCUCAAUCCUGGGUGAAAUUUUCGAGCUGCAUGUUCAAAUGUGUUGCUCGUGGAACCAUGAACCUGUUAGAAGCUUGUGGCUAUCUUGCAGUCGGAACUCUUUACAGUGGCUACGCAGACGCCUGGGCUUUUUGGGCAAUUCAGAUUUUAUUCACAGUCAUCAACAUCAUGAUUGUGCACUUCUUGCUCGACAGUUUUGAACCAUCCAACAUCAAAAGUGACUGGCUUAUUUGGUUAUUGAGGCGGCAUCCAUUCGUGGUGGCUUGCAUUGUCGCUUCUGGUCCCUUGUUCUGUGUGAUUGCAGCAGCUACCUCAUGGGUCAUAUUCGAUCGAUUUCUCAUUCCACUGUGCUAUGGCACUCACACUUUUGUGAAUAUCUACUUUGUCUCCAUGUUCACCACUGAUGAGGAAGUUCAGGAGAGACACCACGACUCUGAUUCCGAGAACGAUCAGGAAGGGAUUCAAGUGGUCGAGGGUCAGAGUUGGGGACCGUGGGCUGCCCAACCCAUUCCAGCUUCACCGCCACGGGCGCAUCAAGAUUUCCUUCCAGUCCAAAUGCUUCGUCAGGGAACCUUGGUGGUGAACUUCUUAUGGUCCUGCGCCUUUCUGUGGGCUCUCUGGGGUGCUUGGUUUGGAAUGGAUUUCAAAAACUCCAAAGCUGCGGUGCCAGCUUGGCGUGAUACUCCACCAGUGCUGGAGCUCUCCAAAGAAACCAUGGCCUCUCCAAGUCCCUUUUGGAAGCCCCAUGCUUUGGUUUGCCCGCGGAACCAAGUCUUUGUGGCAGACCGGUACCACGUUUAUGAGCUGCGUGCCGACAACACCAAAGUGGAAAGAUAUCCUUGCAUGGUCAAUGGUACCAUUGCUGAUAUUGCAGCUGCGUGUAAUCAGGAGAGCUGUUGGCCAGUGGUUUUGCUGCAAGGAGUGCCUCCUUUGGUUUUGGAUUGUUCCACCGGGCGACAAGACCCGCUGUUGCAAACCACGGACGGUGCAGGACGAAUUGCUACCAAUGCUGAUAGGGAGAACAGUGGGAUGCUGCAAACCCUUCUUGCCACUACGGGUGACAAGAUGAUAGUGCAGUAUGGAUGGUCAGUUGAGAGAGAGGCUUGGGAGCCUUUGUGGGACAUCGAGAAAGCAGGUGGAGUACUGGCUAUGGAUCUUGUAGAAGACAGACUCCUCGUUUUCCACCGUGGGGGCUAUUUGCAAGCACAGGAUAUUGAAUCUGGCCGUUUGUGCAGCACUUGGGCAUUCCAGAGCUCCGAUGCAGUGAUUGGUGGAGGUUGUGGGAACAAGGACCACUCAUCCAUGCUGAUCCUCGUGAAGAACGGCCAUGGCACCGAUUUGAUGCGAGCUCGGCUACCGGCCCUGGAUGACUGCACUGGAAGAACCAGCAAAGCAUCCGUGGCGCUAGCUGCGGCUUGAGGCUCGCCUCCCUGUGCUUAGCUGCUAAGGCUAAGAUCUUCUAAGGCUCCAGGCUCCAAAAUUCCAUCUGAGAAUCCAAAGGAUUCCAAAGAAUGCAGAUGGGCUGGGGUUGAAAGGAGUACCGCAAGGUUGUCAAAGUGUGACUCUUCAUAUGUGAAAA